AACAUUCUUAAAGGGUUCCGAUAUCGUCUUUUUUUUUCGCGGUUGGCGACUUUCAUCAUGUCGCAGGACCGGGGGAAGGAUCCGUUAGACUCGCUCACGACCGCCCGACAAGGUCAUAACACGAAGACGUUUGACUCGCCGUUCAAGGUCGACCCGACAGUCGACGGCAAGCGGGACGACCCGGUGUGGCAUUUCGUGGCCAGAGGGCGUUAUUUGGAUGGGUCAACGGCGGCGGGCAGGAAGAGCGGUCGUCGAUGCCUGUGCAGGUUGUGCGGGCGUUCGAUUUGUGGGGGCGCUAAAACCGCCAGGGAGCACUUCUCGAAGAGCGAGAAGUUCCGAUGUGAGGCAACCACUCCUGCUGUGUGGAAUGCGAUCUGGUCGACGGACAUGACAAAAUGUCCAAGGGAGUUCGCGUCGGCCAUAGAAAAGUUGCAGAGCCACUUGCCAGGUCAUCCGAGCUUGCAGUGGCCACCUCUUCGAUUCCCCGAGGACGCAGUGCCGCCGCUGGUUCCUCCCACCGCCCCUUCUGGAGCCGUCGCAUCGCCCAAUUCUGGGGCUCCGGCCAUUCGAAUCACGGUACCACGUCCUGCAACAACAGUUGCAACACGACCGGCAGCCCCGCCGUCUGCGCCGCUGGCUGGGACACGAGGUGCUCGCGAUGUGGGAGUUGGUCGUUCCACACCAGCCAACGAGCCCCCGCCUCUGAGGAAUGGUGUGGGCUCUGCGGCAUUUGACGAGGAGAGCACACGUGCAUUUAUUGAGAGUCGCAGUUCGUCGGAGCACCCCUGGCUGCCACCGCCACCGUCGAGAGCGGCGCAGCGUCCAAUGGUCCACCACGCUCACGGAACCGCCCACCCGGAUCUGUCACACGCACCUGCAGAUGCUCGACAUUCUGCUUCCGUGCCUCGUUUCAGGGAACAGGUGGAUCAUGCGGUGCCUGCCGAGGAGGUCCCCGCUCCGGUGUCCGAUUCAUCGCCGACCCCUGUUCCGACAACCACGGGCGGUGGUCGGUCUGCCCCACAACCUCCACCCGUGUUGACCGGAACGUUAGACCCUUUGCAGCGCAUUCGUGACCUUGCAGUCGCCCAGAGCGCGACACCUGUGAGCCCUGGCGGGUUGUUGGAUGCUGGGGUCCUCGGCGGGAGAGCUACGACGGGACGAUGUCGGGGCACUUACAGGCAGCAAGCCGUCACGUCAUAUUAUUCGGACCCUUUGGAGCGCGCAUGGCAUUUGCAAAUCAUGCGGUUCAUCGUCGAGAGCGGGAUGCCGUUCAACAGCACGAAGCUUGAAAGCUUCAAACGCAUGUUCACGAUGAUAAUCCCGUCGGGGUUUCCAGGGGCGCCCACGCCUAGACUUCCCUCGUACCACAUGCUGCGCACGACCCUUUUGGACGAGCUGGAUGGUGAGGUCCAGAAGUGUGUUCGGCCGGUGCUUGACACGUCGAGAGAGACCGGUUGCACAAUCAUGACCGAUGGUUGGACUAACAUCCGUGGUCAGACGUUGUGCAACUACCUUGUUGGUACAGAGAUCGGGGUGGUGUAUGUGUCCACCGACGUCAUGCGUGGCAAAAAGGAUGCCAGUGCCCUCGCGAACGCAUGGUUGAAAAGGGUGAAGUCCAUGGACGUUCAAUUGAGCGAUAUCACCACGUUCGUGACGGACUCCGCCUGGGUGAACGUCGCGGCGAUGGAGGUAUUCCAAAAAGAUGAGAGCGUGAAACACAUCUUCUGGAUUCCUUGCGUCGCCCAUAUCAUGGAUCUCAUUCUCGAGAACAUCGGCGGGAUUGAUUGGGUGGCUUCCCGCUUUUCUCAAGCGAGGCUGGUUACAAGGUUCUUCAAGCGCCAUGGACAUGCGAGAGAGGUUCUUGAGGCGCACUCGACGAAGACUUUUCUGCUACCGGCGGAGACGCGUUUCGGCACGAACGUCAUCAUGAUGGAGAGGCUGGUGGCACUGUGGGCCGCGUUGACAGAUGUUGUGGCCAACGAUCGCUGGCGCGAGACUGUUUGGUCGACCAGCAAGAUCCGCAAGGAUGCAGCGGAGGUCACUGCAUGUAUCGGCUCCCCUCCAUGGUGGGAGGAUUGGAGAGCUCUGUGCAAGAUGCUAGAGCCCAUCAUGGGCAUGCUGAAGUUGGUGGACAGCGACACACGCCAGAUCAGCAAGAUUCUGCGACGUUACGAGAAAAUGAUUGCAUCUUGUUUAUCCGCAUGUCGUGACAUUGAUCGGGAGCAGCAGGACACUAUUGUGGAGGUGUUCCACAGGCGGCGCACCAUGGCAAAUAAGCUCUGCGCGGGGGGUGAUUCCUUCCGCGAGGAGUCUAGGACCUAAGAUGUCCUAGACAAGGACCUUGAAUCCAGGCCUAGGACCAACGUCCGACUAAGAAAAUUUUAAGA